ACACUUCCUAGAGCCCUGCCUACGCAAAUAAGCUGAUUAGUCGGGGGAGAUGGCUGGAGAGACAGAUGAUGAGAUCCCUGAAUCCGGAGCGGUCUUCACUUUUGGAAAGAGUAAAUUCGCAGAUAAUGCCCCCAGUAAAUUCUGGUUAAAAAAUGAUGUACCUUUGAGAAUUUCCUGUGGCGAUGAGCACACAGCACUGGUGACAGAAAAUGGGAAGCUGUUUAUGUUUGGCAGCAAUAACUGGGGACAGCUGGGCCUCGGAACAAAGACCACUGUGAAUAAACCCACUUGUGUGAAAGCCCUAAAAUCAGAGAGGGUGAAGCUUGCAGCCUGUGGAAGAACUCACACACUUGUUUAUACAUCCCGUGGUAACCUGUAUGCCUCUGGAGGGAAUAAUGAAGGACAGCUCGGCCUCGGUGACUGUGAUGACAGAACUUCCUUCCACCUGGUGGACUUCUUCAGCAAACAUGAACCAGUCAAAAUGCUCGCUGCUGGUUCCAAUACCUCUGCUGCCCUGACGCAGGAUGGCAGGCUCUAUAUGUGGGGCGAUAACUCAGAGGGACAGAUUGGAUUGGGGAAAGAGAGUAAUGCACUGAAUCCUCGGGAGGUUUCUGUGGGGAAACGAGUGUCCUGGGUGUCCUGUGGAUAUUAUCAUUCUGCCUUUGUUACUGUGGAUGGGGCCUUGUACACAUUUGGAGAGAAAGACAGUGGGAAGCUGGGCUUGUCCACUGAGAAGCUGGCCAGUCAUAAACUGCCUCAACAGGUGACCGGCGUCUCUGAUAAGGUGGUACAGGUAUCCUGUGGAGGAGGGCACACCGUGGCGCUUACAGAGCACGAGGUGUAUUCGUUUGGCCUGGGUCAGUUUGGACAGCUCGGCCACGGCACUUUCAUAUUUGAGUCACGUUUACCCAGAGUGGUUGAGCAUUUCAGGAGGGGCAGAGUUAAGCAUGUGGAGUGUGGAGAGAACCAUACAGCGCUGAUUACUGACAGUGGCCUUUUGUACACCUUUGGUGAUGGUCGACAUGGAAAGCUGGGGCUGGGAGAAGAGAACUUCACCAACCAGUUCAAACCAACCCUGUGUCCAAGAUUCCUAGACUAUUAUGUACAUUCUGUUACUUGUGGUGGGUGUCACAUGCUUGUGUUGGCAAAACCUAGGCCCGAAGGGUCUGAGGAUUUGAUCUUAGAGGAGGAUGACGUCACAGAAGACUACUUUGAGAAGUCCUAUACUGAAUUACUGGGGGACACACACAGUCAGACCACCCUGAACAGGAGUCUCUCGGCUCGGAUCAGACGCAGAGAACGGGAGCGUUCACCAGAUCAGUUUGGACAGAUGUUUCGAACACUUCCAGCCCUGGGCGGAAAUCAGCUGAGUGCAUCUUUAUCUGUUCCCAGCCAGAUCCAUCACUCCCAUAGGAAACAACCAGGAAAGAUCCCUCACAACAGCCUCAAAAUUCCUGGAAGGAGAGAGAAGUCCCUCGAUGACAGAAGCAGUGUGAAGGAUAGCGAGAGUUUAAAAGACCUCGGAGAAACCACUGACUUAUUAAACCUGACUCACAUAAUGAAGAUGGACCCUAGCGAUAAGACCCUCACAUUGUCUCCUAUGGAGAAGCUCCGGACAGAUGAGAUGAAUGGAAAAGUAGAAGGAGAAGAUGAUGAGGAGGAAGAAUGUUUAGAUGAUGAGGAAGAAGAGGAGGAAGAGCAUCCAGAGGAAGAAGAGGGUGAAAAGUGUGAUGAGAAGGAAGAUAUUCUAGAUGAGAAGAGAAAAGAGAUGGAGAAGCAGGAGCAAAGCAUUACAGAGUCAGACGUACAGAAAAAGCAGAUUAUAAGAGAAGAAUCUGUUCCAGAUGGACCAAAGAAAGAUUCUGAUCCUGCUACCCUUAUAAAAGAGGAAACACAGUCAGAGAUGAAUAGAGUUACAGAAGACAAGCCAAAGACUCUUAAUGGCUCCAGGAACAGGCUUUCUCUUUUCAAGAGAUCUUCCACCAAAGGCAAUCAGGCAGAGAUGUCCACAUCAGGCAAACCAGCAGCUGACGGCCCCCCUCAAAUCUCAGAGAGUUCUAGCAGUGAAAUGCAGAUCGGAGGCCAGACCACAGCAUCCAGUCGAUCACGUUCAGCCACUUGCAAUCUGCUUUGACACUUUUCAGCUGGGUUGAAGUUAUCUUCUGACUUGGGACCGUAACAAAAACAGCUGGAA